AUGACACCUGCCACUGGCAAGACAACCACCUCAGCCACUCCAAGCUCCCACAGGCAAAUUUUCAAUGGAGUGGUCAUCAUCACUCCAUUCUGGCAGCAGUCAGGUUGGCAGACAUCAAGCCCAGCAUCCUGGGGGGCAGCAACAUCCCAAAGCCAUCUCACUACCCCAUCCCACCCAGUGACCCCCAAUGCCACCCCAAUAGAGCAGAUGGAAGAGGAGAGUGUGGCAUUGUGGCAGCAGCAUAUGGAGACAGCACACAAUCUGCUAGAUACCUGUUGCAAGCUUGCCAAUGCCCAGUGGGCCCUUGCAGAUACCCAGACCAAGUUGCAGAUGCUUUGCAAUGUUGUUGAGGCCUUAUGCCAGCAUCUGUACCCAUUGCCACACUCCUCACCCAAUGCACCUGGACCCUCCCACCCCUCCCCCAUCAGCUUUGCAAUUACAAGUCAUCAAGCAGUUGUUCCCACUGAUGGUGCAAGGAUACUUGACCUUGUGCCCACUAUGAUGGUCCAGGAUGUUGUGAUUGAUACCAGCAUCCUCCAGAACCUCCUGGGUGAUAUGCUUUUAGCCCCUUCUACUCUCCUGCCACUGCCCCCACUUGUAGGAGAAGCCCAGCCCCCUAUCUAUGUCUCUUUGGGGGCAGUUGCCAACCAUGCCAGUGGGGACAAUGCUGAUGAUGAGGAUGCCACUAAUUGGAUGGACACAGAUUAA